AAGUUGAACAAGUCAUCACGGAGUGUUGUGAAUAGAAACGGGAGGGAAAAAAUCUAGUUAGAUUGCCUGCAUGGAUCAGAAAUAAAUGGCCCAAUAACUUCUGCAUGCCGUGAUCUUCAAUUCACAACGGUUAACUUGAUCCAUAUCGAUUUUCUUGACCCCUGUACCAGCCAUUGUGCAUCGCCUUCACCAACAUGGCAGAAGGCGAGCCAUCAUACAUUGACUACGACACAUUUCUCGACGCUGAUUUCAAUGCUGCGUCAUUUGCAAAUACACUCGUGACCAGCACGAAUAAUAUCAAUGACACACAACUCGAUCUGGCCACGCCUCUCUCUCGGGUCUUGUUUGAUUUACAAGAAAUAGACACCCACAUCCACAACCUAACUACCAAAUCUGCCCUCCCUCUUUUAUCAUACACUCAAGACCAGACGCAGGCAAGCCAAAGGAUUCUCCAGGAAGUCGAGAACCAAGUCUCAUCUGUAUCCGAUGGGUACGAGCGACUCGAAAGAGAAGUUGGCCAGAAAUGGGCUAAGGCCGAGGAAGCCAGAAUCGCCUCGGAGAAUUCCUGGGCGGUUCUUCGGCUGUCUCGCGCUGUUGGGAGAUGCAUCACACUCGGCAGACAACUAGAAGGCCAGCUCGCCGAAGUGACUGGGCGAAGUACAGGCGGAAAAGACGACCAUCGCGCAAUGGUGCGCGCAGCUAACACAAUCCUGAUGCUGCGGCAAAUGUUCUCUGCGACUGGCGAAGGAGAAGAAGCACAUGGAAUGGACCGUGUCAAAGUCAUUCGGACCCUGAGAAGCGACCUUGUCAAUCCAGCUGAAACCACCACCAAGGCGAGAGCGCAGCAGGUGAUUAACCGAUUCUCCGUCUCGACACUUGCGGCUAGUAGCAGUGCAGGUGGCACGCAGUCGCCGCCACCUACUGCUGCUUCUUCUACAUAUGUGCAAACAGAGGAAGCAAAGGCCAGACUAUCGUCAGCUAUCACGACACUAUACCUCCUCUCGCCCACCCCGAAGCUAGGAACCUCUGCAGCCGACUUCCAGCCCGAGCUGCUCCUUUCUACACUACAGGGGUAUAUUCAUAAUACGCUUACCGCAUCUCUGUCGUCUGUUGCGAGGGCACUAGCAAUGUUGCCAUCUCUUGACCGCGCACUUUCAGAGGUAUCGAACCGAUGCCAGGAUCUAGCAGCCUUAGAGGCUCUUCUAGCUGGCACCAAACGACCAAGCCAUCCAUUAUUAUCGCCUCCCAACAAAGAGACAAAUGGAGAAGGCGGAAACGACAACAAUAACAACCUCCUUCAACCUCUCCUCCACGCCCUAGAUACCUCCUCCAUACCAUCAUACUACUGGCGCUCACUCGCAUCGUCGCUGCCGGCACGCGUGCAAGAGAUUCUCAAUCGUGGAGGCGUUUCGGCGCGAGCUCUCCGAUCCAACCGCGAUCGACUAAGGACGGAUCUUCGAGAUUGCGUUCUCCGUGGCUCGCAGAUACCGUCUAGUCUGGGGAAAGGUCGGACUGGAGUGGUGACUGGGAAUUGGGAACGGGAGGCAGCGGUCAUGGUUAGCUCGGUGGUUGGCCCUUUGGGGCGGUAGUACGGAUAUAUAAUGAAGUGGAUAUACGUGGCUACGAAAUCAUUUAAUGUACUGUACAUUUAUAUCGUCUUGAAAACAAAGGACAUCCCUGGUGUAUGUACAUUAAUAUUAAGAUGAAAAUUGUAUGUGCCAGAUCAACUGGGCUAGAUAUA